ACAAGGGAAGACUUUUUUCUCUUUGGUUGUUCUUCCACCCUCUGUAACUUCUGAAAUUUAGUUUGUGAGAAGCCUAUUUCGAAAUCCCACACUUUAGCCACAAAGCACAACCGGCUCUUGGUGUGUGAGAGAGAGUCGGUUGUUUUUAUUCACGUCUGUUUUCUUUCGAUUUUCAUUUGUGCUACUGGUGAGUGUGUUUUAUACUUGUUUUGUAUCAUACCGUACUCGCGAGCACAAUGGUACGGUAAAAAACGUUGAGCCAUAUACAAUUUUGAACUCGUCGCGUGUGAUGCAUCUCGCAGUAGCUCGAUUGUAUCGUGAGGCGAGAGUUCGCGAGAGGACUUCGGCCACCAGCGCCAACUACGUGUAUGCUCAAGAGUCCUCCUGUUCGAUGUGUGCAUUUGUUAGUCAUCGCGUUCGCGCCUCGUGUACCGUAUUAAAUAAUUUUAUAUACGUGCGGUCAUGAACAUGAUUAUGAUGACAUUUAAAUUUUAGUUUCAUCGCGAUAUCACAGCCGUACGGAUGCGUUUAACGACAUUCUCCGCGACGCGUUAAGCAAGUCAUGAACUCUUAUAUUCUAAUAAGAUUUUAGAAGCUUGUUUUUCAUCAAUGGUUUUAACUUCUAAGGGAAACAAUAGUGAAAAAUUAAAGAGUUGCAACGAAAAUUCACCACGUGCUGUUUUAUUAAAUAUGUGCAAUGUGAUUGAAAAGUGAAAUAGUAUUGAGUACCGUCGGCUUUUUUAGAAUAAUACGGUACAAUAGUGAAUGAGUGAAUGCAUUGUUUGAUGUGUGAACAUGAUUUCGCAAUACAUCUUGGGAAUCACCAAAUCAAAGAAAAACGUAAAGUAGAUAAUAAUUCAUAGUAAGGUGGACAGAACCAAGUCUACUUAGAAAUUUGACAAGUACAUACAAACAAUGAAUUUAGAUUCAAUACAAAGACCAGAAACGAUUCACGUCGCUGCACCUGGAGCUACAACACGUCCUCCACAAACCAUGCCACAAAGAUCGCCCUUCGCCAUCCAGGAGUUGCUCGGGUUGAGCGACAGUUCCCGACCUAGUGGUGUUGUAUCUGCCGUUACACCAACUCUUUAUCCAAGUGUCGGGCAAUCUCCAUUCUCGGCGGAUCAGCAUCAAAUGCAGAUGGCAGCGUCACGAAUGGCCUAUUUUAAUGCUCAUGCCGCUGUUGCCGCAGCCUUUUUACCUCACAAUAUGGCAGCGAGUGCCGCCGGAGGUCCACUGCAACUUCAUCACCAGACCACUACUGGAUUUCCUCAUUUGAAAUCUACGUUUGGAUCAGCGACAAGUCCAUGUUUACCAGGAGGAGUGGAUUCCAGCAAAGACUAUUCAAUGGAUAAUAUAAAUGGAUAUGGCAAGAAAAAGAAAAAGAAACGGAGGCAUAGUCGUACGAUUUUCACCAGUUACCAAUUAGACGAAUUAGAAAAGGCGUUCAAAGAAGCUCACUACCCUGACGUGUAUGCCAGAGAGAUGCUUUCUCUUAAAACAGAUCUUCCAGAGGAUAGGAUACAGGUAUGGUUCCAAAAUCGAAGAGCCAAAUGGCGUAAGACUGAAAAGUGUUGGGGUCGAAGUACGAUAAUGGCCGAAUAUGGUUUAUACGGUGCUAUGGUCAGACACUCGCUCCCACUACCGGACACCAUCCUCAAGUCAGCCAAGGAAAACGAAUCCGUUGCACCAUGGCUACUAGGUAUGGAGAUGAAAAGUAUGCACAAAAAAUCGCUCGAAGCAGCAGAAACUCUGAAAAACUCGGAGGAUAAUAGUGACCGAGAAGAAACGCGAACAGAAGGAAGUGACAUUAGCGCUGGAUCUAGCCUCAACAAUAACGGAAUGUCACCAGUAAAAUCUCCGGGUGUAAUGCCACUAGGGAGUACUAACAUGGGUAGUACCAGUAGUAGUAUCAACCUUAGUUCUAGCUCGAAUAGUAAUGCCCAAAAUGCCCAUAGUACGAACCAUUCGACUAAUGCAAUCUCGCACCUGUCUCCGACGUCAGCUCACUCUCCAAUCAAUAGCUCCUCAACGACUUCGAUAACGCCACCACUACCAACGUCCGCACGGCAACGAACUUCUCCAAUAGUUGCACUCGCCGGUCAAUCUCAGCCAGGUACACUGGCACACCCACAUCAUCAUCACCACCACCCUCAUCCAACGCACCACCAUAGUCCUGUGGAUAGCAAAGAAUUUAAAGUCGCUGGCAAUAGCCCUACCGGAAGUAGUUACCACCCCGAAAAUGACCCUGAAGCGUUCAGGUGGGUUGACUACCGAGAUCCUGUUUCGUAUAUACGAAACAACUCAAUUGCUUGUCUACGUGCGAAGGCGCAAGAACACCAAGCUCGGUUGCUCAAUAGUGGUCUUCUGUUGCAAGUGCGUUCUUUAGCGGGACUACAAAGCCCACUACAUCACAGCUCACACAUAAGUGGUGGUGGUACAGGAAGCAACAUGCCUUCACCAAGCCUUUGCGACACAAACGGAAACAACCUGCUGCUGGCCGGCUCCUCCCAGCAUUCGUCGUCACAGGAAAAUCUUAAUAUUUCAGCUAUUGAUCGCCAGCGAUCUGAAGCUAACAGUAGCAAUGGUUCGGCCAUAUCGAUAAAGUGCCGCAGUAACAGUCCGAAUGUGGCCACUUUUUGACAUUAGAGCUAUUAGUAGGUGCAUGUCCCAUAUUUCUGUUCACAGCGUACAGUAACCACCGUUACAGCUUAUUUUCAAUUUUAGCGAUUUCUUUUAAAUAUUGCUUCAGAGGAAAAGAAAAAAUAAAACGGUACGCUAAAUGAUUUGGCGUACUUUUUGCUUUUGUUUUUAUCUGAGUGAUUAUUUUUACAAACUAUGCAAGUAUUUGCAUAGGAAGUUUGAAAAAAUGAAACUUGGAUCAUUUCGAAAUCUUAAACGAGUAAAACAAAGAAAUCCAUCGCUUUAAACUGACACGUCGAGUUGUCGAUGAUAAUGCUAAAGACACAGUCAUUAGAUAAUAAGAUAGGUUAUUUCGAGUAUUUUUUAAUGGUUUGGUUAUAAGAGUUUCUAAAAUAUUCAACCUUUGUGAGAUAAAUCAAAACUUCCUUGCGUUUUUCCCAAUAUUCAAAAAAACAUUUCUGAAUAUUACCGUUAUUGUACUUAUGAUUCUCUUACCUCACUUACAAUCCCGUUCAAGUCUCUCUAAUGAAAUUACAUUCAAACAUGAAAGUGCAAUGUCAAAAGCAUAAAUUUAUUCAGCAUAACAGUUUUUGUCUGUAUACCUUUAUUUUCUUGCAUAAUCUAUACAAAUAAACAGCCGUGAAUGUAGAAAGCCUAAAUAAAUACUGAUUUUACAAUAUACAUACACUAAGAAUUGAACAAGUAACUGACAAAAACCCCAGAAAGUGAUUGCUCAACUAUUUCAACAUAGUUCGAGAUCUCAACAGACAAAACUAUAACUCGACUCUUUCCAUUUCAAGUCGAAUCUGUAUUUAGGCUCUAAACAUUACCAAAACAAUUUGUAGAUAGAACAACGAUAACAGAGGAAUCGAAUGUAAUAAAGAAAAAACUAAUGGCUAACGCCGUCUUUUUGCAAUCUUAGUGGAGCAGUCAUCACAUGUACUUAUGUGAAUUACAAUUAAUGUAAAUACUACUAGACGGAUUUUCAAUGAAAAUAUAACUGAUUUGUACUGUGGUCGUGUGAUGCUCGAAUUUUCAUCUUUAGGACACUUGCAAUAGUGUUUUGUAAAUGUACAUGAUAUGGAUGAAUAUGUUAAGAUAAUAACUAUAACUACUUUAUUGUAAUAUUCCAAUUAGAACGUACUUAGAAAGUAUCGAAAAACACUAAAAAAAUAAAAUGAUCGCAAAA